UGUGAAAGUGCUGUCCACCUCCCUUUAAGAGCGCUGCGCCUUUAAGAGCCAUGCAGAAGCGCUGGCGCGCGUGUGUGUGUGUGUGAGUGCGUGCGUAUAUGUGUGUGAGUGAGAGAGAGAGAGAGAGAGAGAGAGAGAGAGAGAGAGUGAGUGUGUGUGUGUGUGUGUAUGUAUGUGUGUGUCAGCCGUACCCAUCAUGGCCCCUGAGCAGCAGCUGAUCAGACGGACCGCCGCUCCGCCAUCCUCCUCCAGCGAGCAGCGGCACCGGUGAAGAGGCUCCAUGUGUCCCCCAUCCUCGGUCAGAUAUCUGAGCAAGAGGGCCGCGCUCCAGCCGCCCAGCGCGAACAUGAAUAAGGAUUAUUCCAUUAAUCUAUCGGUGCAGCAAGUGCUCAGCCUGUGGGUCCAGGGCACGGUACCGACCCUACAGCACUUCACAGGUACGUUCACACGAGGAGAAAGACCCGGUGAAACGGGUUCUUGUGUCUCAUCCAGCCGCGCGCACACGCCUAUCCACACCGGCAGACGCACGAGCAUCCCAUCUGAACAAGAAAUGUGGUACUGGGUGUUCCUGUGGUGUCUAUUCUCGUCUCUGUUCGUUCACAGUGCUGUGGGUCUGCUGAUGUGUGUGACGCUGCAGCGUCAUAAGAGAGGACGGCUCAUCACACUGGUGCUCAUCAGCGUGGGGUUCCUGGCCUCUCUCACUGGGGGGGUCAUCACUAGUGCAGCAGUGGCAGGUGUGUACCGUGUGGCAGGGAAGGACAUGGCUCCUCUUGAAGCUCUGGUGUUUGGGGUGGGCCAGACCGCUUUCACCGUCAUCAUCUCAUUCUCACGGAUCUUGGCCACUCUUUAAAUGGACUGAAAGCAUCAUUGACUGACACACCCAACAGCCAAUCGGCCGGCAGAAGAGCCGGGGUCGAGGUGAGUGGGGUUAAACCACAGAGGUUUGGCCUGCGGUACAAAACGAUGAGCUUUAGGAGUCACUAAUGGCCAAUGGACCACUAUAUGAAACCCUCUGGAAUGGCAGUCUUGAAGAUUUUAAAAUUUCAAGAAGCAAAAACAGUGUUAUAGGCCAAUGACUAAACUCAAUCAACGUGCCAACUGCCUCGAUGGAGGAUUGAGAUGAAUCUUCGGAUGUCUGUUUAUCUUUGUUAAACAUUUGUUUUGUUUUUGCACAUGGAUCGCUUCAGCUUUAUGUAAACUGGAUGGUUUUGGAGCCGUAGCUGGGCCAAGUAACGCCAAGAUGGAUGCAUAAAAAACAUCCUCUAAUAAUUUAACUGUCAGUAUGUCUGUCUGUCCUCAAACGUUUUCUAAUUCUGCUCUGCUGAAUGGUCCAAAACAUUCCUGUUUGUAUUAUUAUAGAUUUUCCUUCUGGUCCAGCAGUAUUACCACAUCCAGUUUUCUUCUUCCACUUUGCACUUUCUGCAUUUUGAAAACUGUCUAAAAGGUGUAAGAUCUGUAGAAGGUAUGCCGGGAUGCAAAAUGGACAUUAAUUCAAGGAGGUUUAGGUGUAAUCUGGUCUCUUUUAACCAUUCUAAAUUUGCCUUAUAAUAAUAUGGUAACACAUAAUGGAACAUUAGUAUGAAUUUUAAGUGUGGUAUUUAAUCAAAUGUCAGUUUUAAAACAAAGACGACAAGUUCAGAAAGUCACUAUGGCCUACAACGUCUUGUUCUUUGUCAAGAUGUGAUGUAAUCCACCAACUGUGAUUAUAUCAUGGAAACAUUCAAAUCUGAUCUUGUCAUUGUACACAGCAUUUAACGUCUUCAUGUAUAAUCCAUUAUUAUCCAGCAUUACUGUGGCAAUACUCUCCCUGCUCAAAUAUGGGGACUUAAACCUCAGGCCUUAAAAGACAAGAGAGACAAUUUUGAGAGGCUGGCGUACCACUAUGUGAGUAAAUCAAGGGGUGAUUUUCACCUUUGGCAUCACAAGCUCAACCUGAAAAAUGUAUUGUACUUGAAAGCUUUUGUGUGGAAGUGCACACUGAUGCCAUAAUGAAAACGUCACUCGUGGGUCUUUGCCAACAGACGUGUGAAAUUGCACUGGUAAUUAUUUGCCUUCUGUAAGUUUCCCUUUUCCUGAUGGACUUCACCAAAACAGUAUGAACUACAGUUCUGUAAGGAACAGGAGCAGGUGUCCUGGUGUUAAAAUGUUAAGUAAGUAGUUCUUCCAAAAAUGAAAAUUUGCUAAAACGUAGUGUCAGGCCAUCCAAAAUUUGUUUCAACAGAUUUAGAGUAAUUUAGCAUUACAUGACUUGCUCACCAAUGGAUCUUUGGCAGUGAAUGGGUGCCGUCAGAAUGAGAGCUGACGAAAACAUCACAAUAAUCCAUAAGUAAUCUACACAAAUCCAGUCCAUCAAUUAACAUCUUAUGAAGUAAAAAGCUGUGUGUUUGUAAAAAAAACAAACAAAUCCAUCAUGAAGACAUUUUUAAAGUCAAAUCUUUGCUUCUGGUUAAAAUAUGAGUUCUCUAUUCAUAAUAUUGCUUUCUUCACUGAAAAAGUCAUCUUGUCUGGAUUAGGAGAGAAAUAUGUGCAGAUCAAGCACUGUUUACAAGCAAAAACAGUCCAUAAAUAUGUGAGUGGAUUUGGAUGUGAGAGAUAACAGGGGCUGGACUUUUUCACUGGAAAAAGCAUUAUGUAUUAUGGACCCAGAAAACUGCAGUUUAAAGUUAAAACACCUUAAUGAUGGAUUUGUUUCUCACAAACACAUAGCUUUUCAAUUCAUAAGAUGUUAAAGUUAUGUGGAUUACUUGUGAAUUAUUAUGAUGUUUUUAAACCCAUCUAAUCCAUUGGUGAGCAAGUGAUGUGAUGCUAUUUUUCUCCUGCUAAAUCUGUAACGAUGAAGAAACAAACUCAUCUACACCUUGGAUGGACUGAGGGUGAGUACAUUUUCAUUUUUGGGAGAACAAUUCCUUGAAUUGGAAAACGUUUUGAACGGUGAACAGUGUGGAAUGUGAUGACAGCGGUGUGUUUUACGAUACCUCUCUGCUGCCACUGGCUUUAUUUCUGGCAAAACGUUCCUUGUUUUUCCAUUUCCUUCUUAUAAACACCAUGAAUUUUAAUGCUAAUAAUGACCUAAUAGUGCAAGACCAUUCAACUUGUUGAAAAAUUCGAUUUACAUUCAAAUGUAAAUUUUUGCAAACAAUUACAUUUUUUAUUCUUUAAUAUAUUUAUUUGGUAGCACCGUCUAUGAAGCUUUAUAUAUAUAUAAUGCAUCAUGAAGGUAUUCAUAAAUAUGCAGAAGUUACCAAGGCAAAAAUCACUGUUAUUAUUGGUAUAAAUAAAUAUGGUUAGGGAUUUGAACAAACUAGUAUUAAAUUGUGGACCUUUUUUUUAUCUAGUGAAUGGAAAAAUGGGUGCAAAAAUAUCUGUAGCACUGAAUUUUUGUUAAAAAGCUUCAUAAUAAAACUUUUAAAUAAUAAAUCAUUUAAUGAUAAUUCAGCUUUUCACUGAAAAUUUAAUUUAAUGCAUUUUAUAACGUUAUGCUGUUUUAUGUUUAAAACUAUAACCAUAAAUAGGAGUAUUACAUUAAAAUUAUUUAGGAAUCGAUUACAGCUGCAUUUUUAAGGCAUUAUAUAAAAAAAACCUUUAAAAUGCAUUAUAUAUAGGCUUCACUUUUCAACCAAGAACAAACUCAGUUGCAUUUGGUACAGUAUGCAUCUGAUCUAAUUAUUAUUUUGAAGUAUUAUUUACUUUUUUCAGAGCAUGUGAGCUGUUUCUAUAACUCAAAAUUGGCGUUUCAGUGUUUCGUCUUUUAAUAGCCAUCCAAUCUCUUUAAGACUGAUGCCAAAUUCCUCCUGUUUAUUACUGUAUUAGGCAUUACAAAAGAGCAUAUUCCUAAUACUUGUUUGUCUACUUACAGUUCAUUCAUGUAUGGCUGUUGUGUCAAAGUGAAUAAUGUCUGAUUGUUGGUUUAAAACACUGCAUUGUAUGAAACAAGUGACGUCUGAAGCCACUGAAACACACAGGAUCAUGGGAUUUCUUUUGCUUUAUUGUUCUGUUGUCAUUGACAUAAUGAUUAUUUAAGCCAAAGUAUUCCUUAUCUCUUCAGCUUUAGGAUUUUUUAAAUUGAAUAUGAUUUUUAUGAAAGGCAACUGUUGUUUAUGAAUUUUUUAUAUUAUGUGUUUUUGCUUGUCCGAUUUCUCAGCACUGGUUCAUGAAGUCUGAACUAAGCCACUCCUGAAAAGGCUGAUUUUCCAUUUAUUGAUACUGUGAAAGACUUUCAGACGAUAUUAAUGUGUUAAGGUAUUGAUGAGGGUGUUGGAUGUAAUGGCUAUUUACUUAUUUCCAAUCUUAUGCAACUAAAAGUUCACUUUCAGUACCAGACCAGCACUGCAGAGGGCGACAGUGGACUGUGAAUGAGUGUGAAACCUCCUUCUGUCAAAGGAAACUGAUUGUAUCUGUAGAAUUAUGCAGGUCUAAUGUGUUGAUGCAUAAUGUAUGAGGGAUUCUGCAAAAAUGUUCACUUUUUGUUGAUUAUUGAUAUCAUGUAUUUUCUUUGUAAUUGAUUCAUUUGGAAAUUCAUUACUGAACUUUUUAAUAGUUUUACUCAAGCUGUUCAGAAUGACAUACUACCGUACUAUUUAAACUAUUUUUGUGUAAACUGCAAAAACUGAUUUUUAAAUUUUUUAUUUAGUAUUUUUUACUUGUUUUCCAGAACAAAUAUCUAAACAUUCUUAACCUCUUAACUGUCACCCGUCCCCUCAGCAUUUUACAAUUGGACAUUGCCUUACAAUGGAAAUGGUACUUCAAAAUCAUAUUACAAAAUGUACUCUUUCAUGAAUUAAUUUAUGUUUGGAUAGUGCACUUUAACGUCUGUGUUCAGAAAUGGGGGUGACAGAGGUUGUUUUCUGAAAAAUGUAUCAAAAUGAAGUGAGAUUGAACUUAAAACAAGACAAAUAAAUAAAUAAAAAUAAUAAAAUAAAGUAUAAACAUAAUUUUGACAGAUAUUUGUUGUUUUACGCAUGAAAGUACUUAUUUUUAUUUUAUUUAUUGAUUAUUAUUAUUAUUAUUAUUAUUACAGAAAAAUAAUAAUCUUAUGUUAUUUUGCUUCUUAAUUUCAUGUAUCUUGAUUUAAGAAAGUUUGGAUACUUUUACUAAAUACUAAAAACUACAUACUACAUACUAAGUAAGAAAAUAAUUUUUGCAGUUACCCUAAUCACAAAAUUGCAUAAAAAAAUAAAAAACUUGCAACUUGAUGUCAUGUGACUACAUUUUAAAAUUGUUACAUACUGCAUACGAUUUCACAUUGUUCUCAAAAACAAAAUAAUAAAUAAAUACUGUCUACAUUGAGUGUGUAAUGCAUACUAUACAGAAGGCUAUGCUAGUAUUCCAUUCUGAAUGCAGCCACACAAGUUUUAUAUUGUUUUGACAAAAUGUUUUGGAUUUGAGUUAAUUUUAACUGUGUAUAUUUAUGAUUUAUUCAGUCCAUGUUUGUAGAGAACGAAAAUAUGUUAAAGCAACUGUAUGUAGUUUUAUGCAUUUUUGCGACUUUGGAGCCCCCUACAGUUAAAUAAGUGUAAAAUACAACUUUUUUUUGUAAUUACAGCGGAUAGCUGUUCAUGUGCAUUUGUUACUGCCGUAAAGCAGUCCACACUUUUCGCGGAAUUUCGUACCCGCUCACCUAAGAACUCCCAGAACAGACGUUUGAGGGCAGCGCAGGAAAGAAACAGAAGCCAUUCACCUUAUUAGAAGUCAGUGUACCAUCAGAAUGAUUUUGGAACAGAUAUUUUAAGGUAAUAAAAAAAAAAAAAAAACCCUGACAUACAGUUGCUUUAAAUUGCAUGGAAUAGGAAAGGUAAUUGGCUAAUGUAAUGGCAUAUUUUAACAUAUCAAGCGUGUGUAACAUGAUUAGCAUGAUGAGUGAAGCUGUAGAUGUGUUAAGUGUGCUGUCUGUGUAUGUAGGUGUGUUUGAGUGUAUUGAAACACCUUAACUGUUUCGUGAUGGAGUGUUUUCCCUUUCCAAGAAGAUUUGAUUGAGUUUGACAGAGCAGAAUUGUUUUGAAAAAGCUGCCUUUAAGAUUAUGGGUUCAUAUAGCUCUGCAAAAAAAAAAAAAAAAAAAACCCAUGAUGUCUCUUGGUCUUUCUUUAUUUUUGUUGAAUUAAUAGAAGGUUUUGCUUUUUGUUGUUUGCACAGUUUGAGGGUCCAUAAAACCAGUUUAGCAGCUGGACUAUAAAGUGGGCGUCUUUCUGACCCAAUCAUAUUCAGAGCUGCUGAUUGGUCAGUUGGUAUCCAUAAGACAUAUGCGUCUGAAAAAGUCUUAUUUUGAGUUGAAGAUGUGCCAUGAACGGCUGGUAAGAUUUCAGGCCUUGGAAAUACUUGAGAUGGAGAAUAUUGCAAUACAGAGAGGGACAUGAUACGACACAUCCCUGACAGAAACUGUUUCAUCUGUUAACGUACAACAUUCAACCCAGUCAGACGUUUGCCUGUCACGUGUCUGUACCUCAGUGAUUGCAUGCAAAAAUGCAACUCCUCUCGGACUUUAAAAUGUGCAAAUGGAUUUCUGACAAUCCUUGUUAAAUGCCGCUCUGCAAGAAGUGGCGUGUGUAGAUAGUGUAUGAUAUGUUCUUUUUUUUAAUUUUGUAUGAGCAAACAGCUGUGCUUUCCAGCACCUCUAUUUAUGUACAAAUGCUCCUCUGUGAAACACUCUGCGGUCAGUUGAAAUAAAAAUGU